AUGUUUUCUAUAAAAAAAAAAAACCUUUUUCUUUUACCUCAGGAUAAGAUCAGAAAUCUAUCUAUCUAUCUAUCUAUCUAUCUAUCUAUCUAUCUAUCUAUCUAUUUCAGCAUAUAUUCAUUUGUUUUUUUUGCUGGAAAUAUUUUUUAUCUAUCUAUCUAUCUAUCUAUCUAUCUAUCUAUUUCAAUUUUUAUUGCUGGUAAUAUUUUUUAUCUAUCUAUCUAUCUAUCUAUCUAUCUAUCUAUCUAUCUAUCUCAUCUGUUCACAUCUAUCUAUCUAUCUAUCUAUCUAUCUAUCUAUCUAUCUAUCUAUCUAUCUAUGUCAGUCCUUUCAUAUGUAUCUAUCUAUCUAUUUAUCUAUCUCAGUCUGUUCAUAUCUAUCUAUCUAUCUAUCUAUCUAUCUAUCUAUCUAUCUAUGUCAGUCCUUUCAUAUGUAUCUAUCUAUCUAUUUAUCUAUCUCAUUCAUCUCCAUUCUAUCUAUCUAUCUAUCUAUCUAUCUAUCUAUCUAUCUCAUCUAUUUCUAUCUAUUUAUCUAUCUAUCUAUCUAUCUAUCUAUCUAUCUAUCUAUCUAUCUAUCUAUCUAUCAUCUCUAUCUAUCCUUUCAUAUGUAUCUAUCUAUCUAUUUAUCUAUCUCAGUCUGUUCAUAUCUAUCUAUCUAUCUAUCUAUCUAUCUAUCUAUCUAUCUAUCUAUUUAUCUAUCUCAGUCCUUUCUAUAUGUAUCUAUCUAUCUAUCUCAGUCUGUUCUAUCUAUCAUUUAUCUAUCUAUCUAUCUAUCUAUCUAUCUAUCUAUCUAUCUAUCUAUCUAUCUAUCUAUCUAUCUAUGUCAGUCCUUUCAUAUGUAUCUAUCUAUCUAUUUAUCUAUCUCAGUCUGUUCAUAUCUAUCUAUCUAUCUAUCUAUCUAUCUAUCUAUCUAUCUAUCUAUCUAUCUGAUAGAGAUGAACAGACUGAGCUAGAUAUGCAUCUCUAUAUUUCUUUCUGUUUCUCACUUUCUGUCCGUUACUCUCUCUUUAUCACUCUAGCUCUCUUUCUUUUCCUGUGCCUCUAUCUCUCUCUCUGUCUCUUUCUCUCUGUGUAUCUCCCUAUAUCUCUCUAUGUAUAUAUCUCUGUAUCACUCUUUUUCUCUCGAGCUCUUUAUGCUUCUGUUCUUCUCUCUAUAUCACUUUUUCUUGCUGUCAUCUUCUGUCUGUCUCUCUCUGUUUCUCUCUGUCCCUCUGUCUCUCUAUUUGAUUCAUACCCACUUUUCUUGGCUAAAUGUAGACGUCUUUGCAAAGAAGUUGGCUACAUGCAGGCCACUUACCAUAUCUCCCGAUAUAACACGAUCCUGCACAACGUGACUUGUAAUACAACACGAUGA